CCUGCCGAUCAGUAGCUGGAAAAAAAUGGUGUGUAAAAUAGAAAUUUAGUUGUUCCAAGCCGCUAUUCUUUAUAGAUAAGAACAAUUUUCUAAGAUAAAUAGAGUUUUUUAAAGUUUCUUAAUUUGAUGAAAAGAAUUCUAAAAUGUUUAGUGUAAGUAUUUAUAAAAGUUUUGAUUACGACUCGCCCUAUGUUUAACAAUUUUUCUCGAUAUUUCUCGAUCGCAUAAAAUUGAACAAAUUCAGUUACUAUGGCCAUGUUGACGACGCAGACUAGUGAAAAUUAAUUGAUUUAAAAACAAAAAAUCUAAAGAUGGAAUUGACUGGCAAACUCUUUGAGGGAAAGGAUUAUCCGACACAAUGGGCUCUAAAUCCUUCCACCUAUCAAAAUAUGAGCAACGAUCAAGUCGAUUGGGCCGCAUUAGCUCAACAGUGGAUAAAAAUGAAGGAAACAGUCGUUCCCCCUGCCCCACCGCCACCCUCAAUUGAUACGGGACAAUCGGACAACGAUGGAGGAGGAGAAGCUCCAAUGGAUAUGGACACUAAAGACGAUGACAUUCCCCCAGCACCCCCAGCACCAAGUAUAAGUGGUUCAGACUACUAUAUUAUGAUGAGAGGUAAUGAUACACCCAAGGAAAAAACAAUAUUCCACAAGAAAUCACAUAAAAAUAAUUCAGAUGGUUGGAAUCAGUGGAAUCAAUGGGGACAUUGGAAUGCAGCUGGACCUGGACCAGGAAAUUGGGAAUGGAGCGGAGUGCCACCCCCGGGAGUAACUAUUGGACCCGAUGGAAAACCCACUGGACUGGGCAAUUCUCCUGUUGCACCUUCAGCGCCUCAGAUUUCAGGGAAUUUCAAUGUGCCUCCACCGUCAGCACCAUCUCCUUAUGUUUAUAAUUCAGUAUCAAAUGCACAGCCAUACAAUCAGCAGGUGCCACCUUAUUGGUCAGGAGAUCAAUCUGGUGUAAUGUCAUCUCAACCGCCACCGUUUUUAAAGGGAAUGCGUCAUUCUAAUAGAAUGCCACCAAUUCGAGGCGUAGAUCCAAUGAGAUCCCGAGAGGAAAGAGAACCUACGCCUGAAGAAGAUCCAUAUACAUUAGACGCAGCUAAACGAAGGCAAUUGCCCGCAUGGAUAAGAGAAGGUCUAGAAAAAAUGGAGAGAGAAAAACAGAAGGCAGUCGAACGAGAGAGACAAGAGGAAUUGCGAAAGCAAGAAAUGGAAGCACGAAAAAAAGCCGAAGAUGAAGCUCGCGCCGUUCUCAAUCCCAGCAAGAGCAAAUUCGAUUCGGAUUCGGAGAAGGAAACAGAGGAAGAGACAGGAUCGAGGCAUGACGAGACGGAAAGAAAUGUCGAUCGCAGUCCGGAUCACAGUCGCCCACGACGUUCACGUUUCAGGGAUGCAGAAUCGCCCGAUUCACGUUCAGCAAAAGAGGGAAGUCCCAUCGCAACUUUCGCUCCAUCACUACCAAAGCGAUCGCGGGAAGAAAUUUUACAAGAUGUGAUGCUAAAAGUCCGAAGGUCCCUAACGGAAAUUCUGUUGGAAGUGACAAACGAAGAAAUAUCAUCGGUUUGCAGAGAGGUUUGGAGCCGCGCACGAGCCAAAGCCCCUGCAGGAGAGCCCCCUGUCGCAUCCUUCAACAACACGGCCCCUCUUGCUCAGAUCACUCGGAAACUUGGUCUGGGCAUCUAUGGCGACAGUAACAGCGAAUCUGAGGAGGAAAAGAGGGAGGACGAAGAACCAGAGGAGGAAGACAGUGAUGAGGAACUCAAGGAGACAUUGCGAAGGAGGCAGCAGGCAUUUAAGAAAACCGAGGAGGAAAUCGAGGCGCGAUUGGCAGAGGAAGAACAGGAGCUGAAGCGGCAGGAGGAGGAUCACAUUUAUGAACAACAGAAAAAUCAUAUUGGUAAUUCUAGCGGCAGAGAUUCAGUUGAAAAUGAAACGAUAAAUAAUGAAAGGGAAGAAUCAGAAACGAUGUCAAGCGGCGGACAAACGCCGCAACAUCAAUUAAUAACAAGCGACACGGCAAAGAUAAAUUCACCAAUGAAAUCGGCUCAAUCGGAAUCUAGCAGUAAUGAUGAUGAUUCUAGUUCGGAAAGUUCAACAAAAAUAAAACGAUCAUCACGCAAGGACAACAACAGUUCACGUGGUGAUGAGAGGAAGAAAAAGUCAAAGAGCCGAAGUAAAUCGAGAAGUCGUCGUCGUUCCAGGUCACGUUCUUCUGAUCAUUACAGAAGGCGUAAAUCUAGAUCUAGAUCAAUUAAGUCACGUAAGGGUUAUCGUUCACGAUCGUCAAGUAGUUACAGGUCUGGGAGAAAGCAUAGGUCAAGGUCGAGGAAUCGUAAAAGGGAGAGGUCGCGUUCCAAGUCCAGAUAUAGAUCACGUUCGCAUUCAUUUGGACGAAGGUAUUCACGAUCGCAGUCGAGGGGAAAGAGGAGAUCACGUUCGCAUUCCAGAAGCAGAAGGAGUCCCUCGUACUCGAGUAGGCGAAGUAAUUCCCGAUCGCGAGAGAGAAGGAGAAGUCGAUCCAGGUCCAGGGACAGGAGGCGAUCACGCACUCGCUCCAAGGAACGAAGACGCUCACCGUAUUCGUCGUCGAGAAAUAAGAGACGCUCACGCUCGAGGUCCCGCGAUCGCCGACGAUCGAGAUCAAAGUCGAGGCACACUGGUCAUCAUCGAGAUGGUAAGAAGUCAUCGCAUCGGUACAAGGAUUGAGAGCUAUCUUCUAUUUAUAAAGACUCUUCUCUGGUUCAUCAACAAGAUUUCUCGACAAGCCCAAGAGACAGCUUCAGUAAUAAUAAUAUAAUAGUGAUGUGCAGUUUUUUUUAAAUAUAAAAAAUCAAGUUUAUAGUAAACUCUUUUUUUUAAAGAAAAGAAAAAGAUAAGCAGUGAAUAUGUGCUCUUUAACGAUUUUAAUGUCAGUUUAUAAUUCACAUACACACGUACACACACAGUGUUUCGAAACUAUUUCCCUGGUGGUUACCGAGCAAUAAUUUUACAGAUUGUAAAUAAUAAACGUAAUUAUUACGUACUUUACGAA